AUGAAGAAAAAACAUGAUACCAUUGUUUGUGAACCUAAAGAACUUCUGAAUCCCUCUCCCAAAGUAACAAAUUGUUGCAAAUCCCUGUGGGUGAAAUACAGUUUUCAGAGGGAGUACAUGACCCGACUUGUCAGCUCCCAGCCAGUUUCAGCCAUGUCAAGGAACCCAGAUCAUGAUCUGCCUUCUCAGCCCAAGGAGAGUAGCACUGGCCAGAACCAUCACCAGGAGGAAAUAAUCCACAAGUUGGCCAUGCAGUUGAGAAACAUCGGGGACAGCAUCGAUUGUAGGAUGGUUCAAGAGGAUCUUCAACAGGAAGUCAGGGAGGCACUGGCUCAUUUUGUCUUGCUUUUCUUUGGAGGAGUUCAUGUGUUGCUGCGCUUUCUCUGGAAUAACCACUUGAUGUAA